AAACAUUACAUCUACAUUGAUGGGUGGCAUAGCAUCAACCAUUAUACCCACUGCUGGUGCUAAUGCUCUUCCCAUUAUAUCAGGAGCUAUUGGAGUAGUUUUUGUUAUAAUAAUGAUUAUCAUUAUAAUAAUAAUAAUACUGGUGUGUGCUAAAAGACACAAAAUAAUGAACAAAGAAAGUCAUACAGCAAAUGGUAAUGGAAAUGAGACUAAAGGAGUAACUAAUGGUAGUUCAUACAGAAACAAUAAUAUUGAAUUACAACCUACUGAUCCUACUUAUGCUACUCUUACCACUGAAUAUACUCCAGCAGCUGCUUCUACUGUAAGGACACUACAAGGAGGAGAUGGACCAAUUUCAUAUCCACCACCACCUCCUACUAGUUACUUAAGUAAAGUGUUGCAUACACUACACAAUGACUUUAGUACACACAUCACUUUAAUACAAUAA